AUGGAUCGUCUAGAGUCCAAAUCAUCUAGUCUAAUCCAAACUGCAAACAACACUUCGACUUUGUUGCUGCAUGUAACCAAGCUUCAUUCAAGCAUCGCUCUAGCGGACUCAACCAUAGGGACUCUCAACGAAACUAUCGCUACUAACUACACAUAUCUACACAAGAUCGACCAGCUCCAUGAAAAGUCUUUCUAUUUAGAAUCAUCGUUGAGCUCGAACGAUGUGAUAACAAACCAAACUACUUGGAACAAUUUAUACAAUGAAUAUCAAUUUAUAGUGGAUCAAUUUAAGCAGUCUACCGACAAAAUUCGAAUAAGGGGAACGACCCUAGGUGAAAAUGGUAUAGAGCCGAAAGAAGAGGAAAAUAAUAAUAAUAAGAAAAUGAAAAGAUCUACUCCACUUGAGCAUCAGCUCCCUGCCCUCCAACCACCGAGCGAAGAACGUACACUCUCAAAUUCAAUCUCAGUAUCUGACAUUAGGUUGAAGCCAAUUAGAUGCAGAGAGAAGAAGAUGUACAAGAAGAAAUCCAGGUAUAGGCUAUCUCAGAUAUAUAACAUCAACCCACUUGCCAGUAGUCCCAUUUUGGAAGUCCCUGGCAGCGACAUGGAAUUCGACAAUAGCAGCUUUGUACGAACACAACCAAAUGUAAUAUCCAAUACCCAAACUGAGGAGGAAGAAACUGAGGGGGACAGAACCAGCAGCACUGAUAAUGGAUAUAAAGAGGCCCUGACUUUGUGUACCUCUCCCGAGAUACUAUUCCCCCCUCUAUCUAUCUCCAGUCUUAGAGCCAGGUCCAAUUCCGUGCCAGAGAUAUCAUUCCACACUGCAAGCGGAGAGAAUGCUGUCAGUGGCCUUAAUAUAUUCAGCUCGGAGGGAAUAAUGAAGCAGUCCAACAUACUUAACGAAUUUUCCGAGAAUGAAGAAACCUUGCGGAUGAAUAGGUUGAAGCAUUUUGUGUCCAUGAGUAAUGUAUUUCACAGGAAUGGAGCAGGGCCACACAUACAAGAGCAAGGACCUCAAAAAGCAAAGGAAACAAUUGAAGAAGAAGGUUCACCUUUCGAUAUAAAUUUCAACAAGACACCAAUAUUUACGCCCAUAUGCUUAGAAAAUAACGACUUGGACCACUUGGAUAUUGAUGCUUGUUCAGAUUAUUCGUAUUAUUCUCCCGAGAAACUCGAAGAGGAUGAUUUUGAAAAGUAUUUAAGAAGAUCAAGAGUUGAUCUAGCGGAUGCAUUUCCAAAUACAAUCAAAAGAUCAAAGUCUCAUGAUAGUGUAUUCUCCAAUCACAUCACCACUCCAAAGUGGAUAUUUCAUAAUCCAAUUGAUAACACUGCAUCUACCCAAAUAGCCGGUCCUACCAUUAAAAUAAGUGAUGACUACAUAUACUAUCGUGGAAAUGAAGAUAAAAGGGGAAAGAAAGUGAGUGACAAGACAGCAAACUUGUUGAACGAAGUGAUACUGAAAAAUAGUGAACCUAAUGUAGAAAAAGACAUACCGACUACACCAUCAAAGAUUCCAAAUUCAAACUUCUCAUUGUUCUCACCAUUCAAAACAACUUCGGCAAACAUGUCAUCUGGACCCCUGCUAAGCAAGUCAUUUUCUGAAAGUAUUAUGAGUCUUGUUAAUUCAGAUAAGAAGAAGCCUCUUCCAACUUCAACAACUACCACUGCAAUCGCUCCAAUGGUGCCUGAGUUUACCCCGACAAAGUCAUCCUUGUCUUCGACGAAGCCAAUAAUAAUCAACAAUUCCUCUCAGCUACAAAGAAUACCGCCUGCAAGAAGAGAAAGAACUGAUGGAUCCCACUCAAAAUUGACCAUCGGUCCCAACAAGACUGCAAUUUUCAAUCAUGGGGAACAAUCGUACUUCAAGAGACCUUUGCAGAGUAAGGUAAGUCACAAUUCAUUACAUGAAGCACUCAGUUUCAGCAUGCUACAAUGA